GACAGAUGGCGGAUGAUUCGAGCCCCAGCGUGAAGCUCCUCUGCGAGCUGGCUCGAGAACUGAAGAUCUGGAUCGUGGGCGGCUCACUCCCAGAGCUACACGAGGAUAAGAUCUACAACACCUGCUUGGUGCUGAAUCCGUCCGGCGGGAUUGUUGCAAAGCAUCGGAAAGUGCACCUCUUCGACAUAGAUGUGGCUGCGACUGCAUCGCGGCCCGCCAUGAAGUUCAAGGAGUCAGACGUUCUCUCGGCGGGAGAGACGAUGACUCUCGUCGAUCUCCCCUGGUGUCGUGCAGGCGUGGGAAUCUGCUACGACGCCCGCUUCCCGGAGCUGGCUCUGGCCAUGCGCGCCCAGGGGGCCAAGGUGCUGAUCUACCCGGGAGCUUUCAACAUGACGACCGGGCCAGCACACUACCAGUUGCUCGCCCGUGGCCGGGCAGUCGACACUCAAUCCUACGUGGCCUUUGCCUCGCCAGCGAGAAGCAGCGACAAGAACGACUAUCAG